AAACAUAGCUAUCACUUUCACACUUCCUCUUCAACUCUUUCCUCUUCUUAGUCCCCAAGCUCCUCUUUGCCUUCCUUUCCAGUUAUCACCAACGCUUAUUGCUUAGCUCCUGGAAUUUUAAUUCAUUCGCGAGGACAAUGAAGAAAGUGGUAUUGAAGGUAGACUUGUAUGAUGACAAGAUCAAGCAAAAGGCUAUGAAAGCAGUCUCUGGCAUUUCAGGGGUUGAAUCAGUGUCUGUGGACAUGAAAGACAAGAAAUUGACCUUAGUGGGAGACAUUGAUCCAGUUCAUGUAGUGGGAAAGUUAAGGAAAUGGUGUCAUACUGAAAUAGUGUCUGUUGGACCUGCCAAGGAAGAAAAAAAGAAAGAAGAACCUAAGAAGGUAAAUGAGAAGGACUCAACAAAACCACCAGAACCUGUCAAACUUUAUGAAGCCUAUCCCCUUUAUUAUCACCAAAUGAAACCAUUGCAAUAUAACCAAUAUCAUCAAUAUGUCACAAGCUCCCAAGAGGACCCUAAUGGUUGUGUCAUAUGCUAA